AAAAGGAGCGGCACGCGUUAAAACUCCACACCUAUCUAUGAGGAGAAUUGCGCAGACUACACACAACAUGACGUACCGGGUCCUUAGAUCUGAUAUUCCCAGGAAGCAGUAUGUGAAGGUUAAAAUGACCACUGAAGGUUUAGCAACCGAACAUUCCAUUACCGUGAAAUGCGAGCUUCCGGACACAAUCCCCAAAUCAAGUGUCCUGAACGUCAAACCAGAAGAUGUUUCCAUCCUGGAAUUCAAGCCUGAAGAUGCGAUUCUCAAAAUCAAACUUGAAGAUACUGCUAUACCAGGGCUAAAGACAGAAAAUGCUCCCCCAGGAGUCAAGCCCGAAGACGAAAAUUUUGCCAUACAAGAAGCUCUUGCGGCAGCCAAGGUGCUUAAACCCUCCACCCUGGUAAAGACGGCUGAGAAGAAACUCAAAACAGAAGAUACCAAAGCAAAACGGAGAAAAACCCAGGCAAACGAAACAAAAGGGUCUGGAACGUGCCCUCCGCAUUGGGAAGAGAUCUACAGUCACGUUUCAGCGAUGCGGAGCAAAAUCGUCGCUCCGGUCGACACGAUGGGAUGUGAACGGCUCCCUGAGAGAGUUGCGGGGAAAACCACACCGCGCAACUUCCGGUUCCAGCUCUUAAUCUCGCUCAUGAUGUCUUCCCAAACCAAGGAUGAGGUUAAUUACCAGGCGAUGCUCAGCUUGCACGAGGGGCUUAUUCUGAGGGGGUUCAAGGAGGGUCUUACCCUCGAGGCCAUUUUGGCCACAGAGGAGCGGGAUAUUGAUGCGAUGAUUAGAAAGGUUGGUUUUCACAACCGCAAGGCGUUGUAUAUCAAAAAAACCAGCGUGCUCUUGCGCGAUAACUUCAAUAGUGAUAUCCCCAAGACCAUCGAGGAGAUUGUUUCGCUUCCGGGAGUAGGCCCCAAAAUGGGCUUCUUGCUCCUCCAGAGGGCCUGGAACGUUGUCACGGGGAUUGGGGUGGACGUCCACGUAUUCCGCUUAGCUAACAUGUGGCGCUGGGUUCCGCAGAUUGCCAGGCCAACCCCUGAGCAUACCAGGGUGGAGUUAGAGAAGUGGCUCCCGCGGGAUAAGUGGAUUGAUAUCAACCCCUUGCUCGUGGGGUUCGGCCAGACGGUGUGUUUGCCCAAGGGCGCACGCUGCGACCUCUGUUCAUUGGCCAGAACCGGCUUGUGCAGCGGCGUGAACCGGAAAUUGCUCAAUAAGCCAAAGAGUACCACAUCAAAGAACAGGGGUGAUAUUUCGGGUUUGGUCGAUAUUGAAGAUUUGGCGUAGGUGUCGAUUAAAUAGGAAGUGACAUGGAUUGGUAUGCCUGAAACUACGGACUGAGAAUAUCCUAUACAGGCGGAUUAUCUGUGAUAUCGGUAAAAAUCUAACACCGUUACAAGCUUGUAUAUCCCGCUUUAAAGAGUGACCAUACGCUUAUAUAAAUAUGUAUUUGAAAACAGUAUUUGUCUUCGUCUGUGACGUCGAUGCACUGCUAGAUAGUAUUUCUAAAUGUGUGCCAGGAAGAUCAAUUAGACUAGGCAAAAUUCUU